AUGGUCAUCAGGAUAACUCACAGCCUCUCCAAGAAGUACCCCCUCCUUGGCGGCUGUGGGCGGGGCGGCGCGCCGGGCCCGGGCUGCGCUGUCCUCGGUGCCACCCGGCGCGGGGCUGCGGGGCCGCCGUGCGGGACGGGCGGCCGCUCCGACGUCAGCGGCGCACCCCGAGCCGGGGGCGCGGACCGACGGGGGGCGCUGCGCACGGAGAGCGCGGACCGUGCAGCCUGCGCCAUGGACGGCCCGGGCAACAGCACCCGGUGGCCGCUCGACUCCUUCCUGCCGCCCGACAACUACACCCUGCCGGCCGCCGCCGCCCCGAGCGCGGGUCCCAGCGCCGCGCCCACCCCGGGCGGCUCCAGCCCGGGCCCCACCGCCCGCAGCUUCGUCGGGAGCCCGCGCGCCUCGCUGCCCCCCGCGGCCUGGGCGCCCCACGAGCUCCCGUUCUGGGAGUCGCCGCUGAACCACGGGCUGAACGUGUUCGUGGGCGCCGCCCUGUGCAUCACCAUGCUGGGCCUGGGCUGCACGGUGGACGUGAACCGCUUCGGGGCGCACGUCCGCCGCCCGGUGGGCGCGCUGCUGGCCGCGCUCUGCCAGUUCGGCCUCCUGCCGCUCUUGGCCUUCCUGCUGGCCCUCGCCCUCAAGCUGGACGAGGUGGCCUCGGUGGCCGUGCUCCUGUGCGGCUGCUGUCCCGGCGGGAACCUCUCCAAUCUCAUGUCCCUGCUGGUGGACGGCGACAUGAACCUCAGCAUCAUCAUGACCAUCUCCUCCACACUUCUGGCCCUGGUCCUGAUGCCCCUGUGCCUGUGGAUCUAUAGCCGGGCCUGGAUCGACACCCCUCUGGUACAGUUACUGCCCCUAGGGGCAGUGACCCUGACCCUCUGCAGUACCCUCAUCCCCAUCGGGCUGGGCGUCUUCAUCCGCUACAAAUACAACCGUGUGGCAGACUACAUCGUGAAGGUUUCCCUGUGGUCCCUGCUAGUGACGCUGGUGGUCCUUUUCAUACUGACUGGCACAAUGUUAGGACCUGAAUUGCUGGCAAGUAUCCCUGCGGCUGUUUACGUGGUUGCCAUUUUUAUGCCUUUGGCAGGCUAUGCCUCGGGCUAUGGCCUGGCUACUCUCUUCCACCUCCCACCCAACUGCAAGCGGACUGUGUGCCUGGAAACCGGCAGUCAGAACGUGCAGCUCUGCACUGCCAUCCUAAAACUGGCCUUCCCGCCACGCUUCAUAGGGAGCAUGUACAUGUUUCCCUUGCUCUAUGCUCUUUUCCAGUCUGCAGAAGCAGGGAUUUUUGUUUUAAUAUAUAAAAUGUAUGGAAGUGAAAUAUUGCACAAGCAAGAUCCUCUAGAUGAAGAUGAAGAUACAGAUAUUUCUUAUAAGAAACUAAAAGAAGAGGAAAUGGCAGACACCUCCUAUGGCACAGUGAAAGCUGAUCAUUUGAUAACGAUGGAAACUGCCCAGACUUCUCUCUAAAUGUGGAGACACAUAGGAGCUCCUAUCGUGCUGAAAUAUUAAUUCGUAUUUAUGGCCUGUGUAGUGCACAUGGUUUACAUAAAGGAUAACAGUUGGUUUGGGCAUCACAUGUGACGUCUUUGAUCUUUCCAUUGUAAAGCUGCACUGCUGUAGUGACCUAGUGUUUCCAUAGACUACAAAUCAAUGUCUUACUCUAACUUCCGUGUGGUUCAGCUAAAGUGAAGCCCCAUCUGAUUCAAUAGGCUUUUUGAUUUUUGCCACUAUCAGUUUCUAUGACUGCUUCACAGAUAGAAACUACUGUAUUAGAAAGCAGGGUCUGGAAAUGUAGUGUCUUAGCUGCGUAAAGACAAGCUAUCUAUAAAGCAUAAUUGAGUUUACCAUAAAACAGAAAAGUGUGCUCGCUCAACCUGUAAAUACAUAACUAUAACAUCUAACAUACAGAGAUCACCAGGCAUAUGUAAAAGCAACAUAGCCUGGAAUUUAUUGUGCCUGGAUGCAGACAGAGAGCGGAAUAAGACCUGAAAAAAGAGAAGUGGCCCCCUUUUAUUGGGAUGGAGAGAAGGAGACAUUAGGUGGAAAGAUCUUAAUAAACAUCUGUGGUCAAA